GCGUCACCGACGUAAGGCGGUGCUUCCUCCUCACUCCCGUAGAUCUAAGUAUCACGGGCGGGUUUUCGGCGCUGUUUAUGAAGGAACCAUAUCUUUUAAAAUAAUCUUAUUGCCCCGCUGAGGUUUACAUAUAUCUAUGCUAGUCACCAAAACUGACAUUUGUAAGUCAGUUUAAAGUGUAAAACGAGGGUUUGCUUCCCCUCAGAAGACAGAAGCCACCAUGAAGCUAACGGACAAUGUGCUGCGGAGCUUCAGGGUUGCUAAGGUGUUUCGAGAAAACUCUGACAAAAUUAACUGCUUCGAUUUCAGUUCAAACGGAGAAACAAUUAUUUCGAGCAGUGACGACGACUCCUUAGUCCUUUACGACUGUCAAGAGGGAAAACCAAAGAGGACUCUCUACAGUAAAAAGUAUGGUGUGGAUCUGAUCAGGUACACACAUGCUGCAAACACUGUGGUCUACAGUUCCAACAAAAUCGAUGACACCAUCCGUUACCUGUCCCUUCAUGACAACAAGUACAUCCGCUACUUUCCUGGGCAUAACAAGAGGGUGACAUCUCUCUCAAUGUCUCCAGUAGACGACACAUUUAUUUCUGGCUCACUAGAUAAAACUAUCAGACUGUGGGAUCUGCGGUCACCUAACUGCCAAGGUCUGAUGCACCUGCAGGGGAAGCCAGUGUGCUCCUUUGAUCCAGAGGGUCUCAUUUUUGCUGCUGGAAUAAAUUCAGAGAUGGUUAAACUUUAUGAUCUGCGGUCAUUUGACAAGGGUCCCUUUGCAACCUUCAAACUCCAGUAUGAUCGGACAUGCGAGUGGACAGGACUCAAGUUUAGCAAUGAUGGGAAACUGAUUCUUCUUUCAACUAAUGGCGGAGCUCUUCGCAUCUUGGAUGCUUUUAAGGGUGCUGUGCUACAUUCCUUUGGAGGCUACAACAACAGCAAAGGUGUAACACUAGAGGCGUCGUUCACUCCCGACUCUCAGUUUGUUAUGAUUGGGUCUGAGGACGGGAAGAUCCACGUGUGGAAUGCAGAGAGUGGUAUGAAGGUGGCCUUAUUAGAUGGGAAGCACACGGGGCCAAUUACGUGCUUGCAGUUCAAUCCUAAGUUCAUGACGUUUGCAAGUGCCUGCUCCAACAUGGCAUUCUGGCUCCCCACUAUUGAUGACUGAUGACAAACGCAAAGGCAGGGCUUCAGUCGACGUGGCCAGCAGGGGUCAGCACACCCGGCUCUGUAAGGAAUCUUGCAGGGACGAGGGCCAAAUCAUUGUCAAAUUGUAAAUAAGUAGUUGGCAGAAAUAGAUCACUUGUUUAGUUCUUUUAUAUAUUUUUAUUUAACAUUAAACAGCUUCCCUGUGA